AUGGACAUUAUACGAGGUGCUUGCUCCAAAGAUAAAGUUGGUGGAAUGGUCUAUAUACGGGAGGAUAUUGUCCCAUCAAUGCUUGAAUGGAAAGCUAUUGAAGACGAAAGGAAUACAGUAGCAAUACCAUUGAAUAAACUUGUUGGCCUACAAGUCUCAAAAGAAUCAAAUCCCAAGAUGAUGUUGCAAAUAAUUUACAAGUUGGAUGAUCAAGAAGAGCCAACAAAGAUGAAACUUCAUUUCAACAAUCGACCUACAAUGAAUAACAUUAAGGACGCGUUGCAAACAAUUGUUGCUAGAUCAAGGACCAGAGUUGAAGGAUCAUUGACUCCAACCCCUCUGACUGAAGUAUCGAGUCGACUAGGAUCUUCUGCUGGUACACCUGGCACAAAUGAAUCAGGUACUUCAACACCUGGUGCUUCAUCCAUUUCAAGUGCAUUCAAUCUAUCGCAUGAUCAAUUAACUGAUGCUAGUUUGCUAAAAAACUUUGAUCUACAGCAGAAACUAUUGUUAGAGGAUAAGGAUCUAAGGAAUACCUUCACUAAAUCAGUAAUGCAAUUUAAACUAUCACCAACAAUGUUUUGGUCAAGUCGAAUAAAUCAAUUGCGUACGUUUGCAUUAACAAUAUCUCAACAUCGAGGUCCAUACAACGUGUUAAGUACUAUCAAACCUGUGGCAACUUCUGACAAUCAAGUGAAUGUGAAUGUUACACGCAGUACCAUUAAUGAAAUAUUUGACAUUUAUCCAAUUAUAAAGAAAGCAUUUACUGAUUUGGUACCGCAAAAGCUACUGGAGGGUGAAUUCUGGUCUCGUUUUUUCAAUUCUAAAUUGUUUCGAAGGUUGAGAGGAGAUAAAAUUGGGUUAUACAGUGGGAGAGGAGAUGUUAUUUUGGACAAGUAUUUGUAUAUUGACGAGGAUAGUUUGAAUGAGGAAGUAGCACAAAAUAAAGAUGGAGAAGAGGGAAAUUCUUCCAAGAGGCAGAAACUUAAUGAAGAGGAUAAGACUAGUCUGAACAGCUUCUUGAAUGAGUCACCAGUGAGCAAGUUUCUUGAUUUGUUUGGUAAUGAGCAAGAUAAUUCUCAAAAAUUGGGUAAUCGACCCGAUAUGACAAUGAGAUACGAGGAUGAUGCAACAAAAGCACUACAUUUAAAGUCCGGCUCAACCAAGGAGAAUGAAAUGAUUAUUUUAAUGAAGAAUAUGAACAAGUUAUCUUCCAAAAUGAUGAGUAUGAGUUCGGUUGAAAACCCUGCUAAACCAGAAAACACAGUGGACGGCUUAUCAGCUCCGGAAGUUAAUGAAUAUGAAGAGGAGUUGGAUUUGCACGAUUUGAACGUGGUUAAUGACGCUCAGUAUGUGAAGUUGAGUAUCAACACCAACAAUAUCAAGGAUCGCACACUUGACGUCGCUGAGGGUGAAACCAUCGACAUCGAAAUGAAUGAUGCUGAUUUGAUAAAUUACUUGCAAAAUCAGAUUCCAAAAGAGUCAGUAAUCGACUUGUCAGACACAUUCAAGGGCAAAGAAGAAGACAUUGGCAAAACGUCGGCUGAAAUUUCACAGCUUGUUAGACACAAUUUCAAGACAUUCAAACUGAUAAAUAAAGAGGAUUCGAUGUCCUCGUUAAAACCUCACAACAUCAUUCCCGAAACCAUGUAUCAAGAAAUAAUCACCUACAAUAUAACCAUUGUGGAAUUUUUGUCCCAUUUUUGGAAAUUGUUUCUCAACGGAAACAACCCUACCCAAUUGAAAAAAAUAUUUACCAGCUUGAAGAACUGUCAAAACUCCCUUACUGAGUUUAAGGGUAAAAGCUUGGCUCAUUUGGAUGGAAUUGAUAUAGUGGCACUGAAUGAAAAACUAAAGGAAAAAAUUCACAAGGAUUUUGACGCAUGUUUGGAACCAAUGGAGAUGAGUUUAGGUACAGCAUUGAGAAAAUACGCUGAAGCAGUAAAGAAUGCAAAUGCGAGGGAACAAAAUGGGGUAGAGUCUCAAUCCUAA